GACGCGUAAAGAAAUUCGAGAAACUAACAAACAAAAAACGUUCAUUAAGAUACAAAACGUAUCUGUGAGAUACCAUAGAACCACAAGUGCCAACCCACCAAACGACGGUCGCUCCUUCAGCUCCUUAAGCAACAAAAAUCUGCAAACUAAACUAAAGCAUGAAGUGUCAACUGCUGUUCGUGGCCACCGUUUGCCUGGUGACUGUCUGGGCGCUGCCUGUGCCCGAUGAGGAGGUGGCCAUACAGCCGGAUGCCGGCACCAAGGCUGAGCUGCUGGGCAAAACAGUCCAAACCAAUCCCAUUGAGCCGGCACCCUUCAAGCCCGAAAUAGAGCCCAAGCCACUGGAGCCUAAAAUCGAUGCCAAAACUGUCGCUCCAGCUGCCGCUGCCGCUGCCGCCGCCACACCCAUUGCCGCUCUCGAGUCAUCGUCAGCUGCCGCUGAGCCAGCCAAGACCGAGCUCAAGUUGAGUGCACCCGAUGUGGAGACCGCACCGGCCAUACCCGAGAAGGUCAAUGCUGCUGAGGAGGUCAAGCCAAUCGAGAAGAAGCUGCCAGCUGCAGCUGCAAUUGAGGAGUCGUCCAAGCCGUUGGCCCAGCCCCAGCCCCAGACCAUUGACACGUCGGUCGAGCCCGAGAAGAAGCAGGAGAAGGCCGCCCGCACCGAGGAGGAGCCAAUUGAGGCGCCCAAGGCCAUUCCACUGGUAGAGGCAGCCGCCCCAGCCGCCAAUGCCGAGGUGCAGAAGCAGGUUGUCGAUGAGGUCAAGUCGCAGGAGCCCAAGAUUGAUGCCAAGUCCGCCGAAGUGCCAGCAGCCAUAGCGCCGUCAUCCGCUUCCAUCGAUGAAGCUGAGAAGGAUGUGUCGAUCCCAGAGAAGCAGCCAGCACGUCAGGAGCGCAUCAGUGAAAUUGAGCAAAAGGACGAGAAAGUGAUUGCCGCACCAGAAGCAUCCUUGUCAUCUGAGGCACCUGCCGCAGCUCCUGCUCUGCCUACCGCCGCUCCAGCAGAGGCUGCCAAAACAGAGUCCAACAUUCAGGUGAUUACGCCAAUUGCCCCACAGCCCGAGAAGAAAUCGAUUGAGGGUGGAGCACCAGCCCCAGGCAGCAUCACGCCCGCCGCUGCACCCGCCGCACUGGCUGCCCAGGCCAAGUCCGCCGAGCCCCAGCAGGCCAAGCCUGAAGAAGCCGUCAAGAGCGUCCCCGAGUUGGCGGCCAAGGAGACCGAGCAGCCAGCUGCCAUUGCCGAGACUGUUGCCAAGACCUUGCCCCAGGAGCAGAACGUUGAGAAAGUGCCAGAGUGGACCGGAGCCAAGAAGAUUGACGAGGCACCAGUUGCUCAGCCCAUUGCUGCUGCUCCCCUGCCCACUGUCGCUGAGCCAAAGAAGUCGUCGGAGGAGAAGUCCGAGUCCAAGAACGAGGAGUCCUCCGAGUCCAAGGAGUCUGAUGAGAGCAGCGAAUCCAAGGAGAAUGUUUCAAACUAGAGA